UAUCAAGCUUUAUCCGUGAAGUCAUGUUCAAAACACAACUAUUUAUAAACUUUUUUUUUUAUUCUGCAACACCCAAGCAAGUUGACAAAUGACUUUUUUUGAUCAAAAUUUUUGGGUACACUAUUUCAAGAGUGAUUAGGGGCAGCUCAGAUGAUGUAGGGCCAAUUCUACAUGCUUACAAAGACACGAAAAAGGAAAGACCUGCAGAAACAGAAUCUAGAUGUGGUUCAACUUACAAGCUCUUUUGUUGAACUAUCCGCCACUAUAAAUGGUAGCUUGUUUGUUCCAGAAAAUAGAUUAAAGAAUUAUGGACAAUCUCUGUCAACUGCAUGUGAAACUGUCGCAACAACAUACAAUAACUACUAUGUUGAAAACUUUGAAAAUAUUAUAUGUAACUACUUUAUCUAUACAUUAAGGACAAAGUAUCCGGUAAUCAACGAGAGAUAAAAACAAACUCUUUAAUAUACAUGUUCAGUUUCUCAAAUUUUU